CUACUAAUUACUAAAACAAGCAUCAUUCACUCAAUUUGAAACACAAACUCAAAAAAGAAAAUGGAACUCAUCAUAGGGUUUGUAUACAUUGCAAUUGCAUUAACCUUACUAUCAACAUCUAAUGCAGCCGAGCCAGCCCAAAUCCGGCUGCUCCGGCCGCGCUUCGGCAGCGGAGGGCGCCGCGUGGAGGGCUUGGACUGCCUGAGCUGGCGGCUGGCGGUGGAGACAAACAACCUCCGGAGCUGGAAGGUGGUGCCUCAGUCGUGCGAGGACUACGUCGGCAACUACAUGCUCGGCCGCCAGUACCGCCGCGACAUCGAGGUCGUGGCGGAAGCCGCCGUUGAAUACGCAAAGAGCAUCCAAGUCGCCGGCGACGGCAAAGAUCUUUGGGUGUUUGAUAUUGAUGAAACAUCCCUUUCUAAUCUUCCUUACUAUGCUCGAUCCGACGUCCAAUUUGGGGCAAUAGAAUACAACGAAACAGGGUUUAAUCAGUGGGUGGCGGAAGGUACAGCACCGGCGAUUCCGGCGAUCCUCCGGCUCUACAAGACGGUGCUAUCUCUAGGGUUUAAGACUGCCUUCAUUUCAGGAACACUUGAUGCAUACACAGACAUAAAGAUACUCAAUUUAAACCAAGCUGGUUAUUACAACUGGGAAAAGCUCAUUCUCAAGGGAGAAAAUGACCAUGGAUCAUCUGUGGAUUACAAAUCCCAGAGAAGAACAGAGUUGGUGAAUGAAGGUUAUAGAAUUGUGGGAAAUAUUGGGGAUCAAUGGAGUGAUUUGAUUGGUACUAAUGUUGGAAAUAGGACAUUCAAAGUGCCUGAUCCAAUGUAUUACAUAGGAUGACCAUGUAAUGAAUAUACCAUCUUUACUUGAUUUUGUCAAAUAAAUGUAACCAAUUUGGAGUUUAAUCAUCAUUUUGAAAUAAAUUGAACUUUCCAUUAUGGUUAA